UAAACUUUCCAUUGCAAAAUCAUUCCAACCAAAAAUAUCAAAAUGGGUCGCUUUAUGGUUUUUGGGUUGGUGUUUAUUUCUUUAGUUAGUCCAAGUUAUGUUGACGGGAAUGAAUUAUGUCCAAAUACCAUUGUUAAACUUUUUCCAUGCAAGAGUUAUUUAAUGGGGAAUGGUGAAAUAAGUGUUCCUUGUUGUAGUGGAGUUCAAGGAUUAAAGAAAAUGGCUAUUUCUGAUAAUGAAUUGAAGCUUCAACAUAUAUGUGAGUGUCUCAAAAAAGAAGCUUUGGCUAUUGGAGUAGUUAAAGAAAGAGUUGAGCAACUUCCUCAGCUUUGCAAGAUUAAUCUUUCUGUUCCUUUUGAUGCAAAUGUGGAUUGCAAAAUACUAAAGGCUUCAUCAUCAACUCGAAGUUUCAAGCUGAACAGUCACAAGAAUACUGGGAUUAUGUCUUUCAGGCGACAAAAUCCUAAUGAAAACCAUUCAAUUCCUCAUAAGAAGCCUCUUGUUAUUAUCCCAUGAAAAGUGCUAUCUCCAAUAUCAAGCGGGAUACAAAAAUCCCAGAAGACUUUGGUCAUUUCACUAGACUUAUAAACUUGUACUAUGGUUGAAUAUGUAUGAAAUGAUCAAAUAUUAUGCGAGUAUAGGUCUAAAAAAUCAUCCAGAUUAUUCGUC